GGCCUAGCCCGUUUAUUUUUGAAGUCGGCUGGUCACGUCGCAAGGGCUGUAACUCUCUUUGGCGCCGUUCUGUUUCAGACGAAAUUUUAUAAACAACAAGGCCGACGAAUGAAAGAAAUUUUAUGACAGACAAACAUGCUUUGAACACUGUGUGACUGUGAACCUUGCUUUGGAAGGGAUUGGAGAGGCCCUGUCAUGAGACUGAAGCUGACAGAAAAAAGAGGGGACUAGGCUGACCUCAAGACGCUCCAGUGCCAGUAUUUUAAAAAGGAUAUUUUUUUGUGGGUCUGCAAUGCGACUGAGAAAUUAAAUAUGGAUACAUUUGACUUUGAAUCCGAUUGUCACAGUGAGGCUUUUGUUAAUGAUGGUAUUAAUAAGAAUACAAGUGUUAAUGCACUGAACCUGGUCCCAAGAUGUGGUUUACUGUCUGCAAAGAAACGGGGAGAAGAAGAGUAUGCUGGUGCAAAAGUUGGUGAAGCUGUUGUACCCGUUCCUUUUGAGGUAGUGAAGGAUUCGGUGAAUGGUGUGUUGAAUGAAAAAGUUAAUAAUAAUAGUCAGAAGGAAAAUGAAAAUCAGCUGAGUAGCAGCUUGGAGGCAAAGGAGGAUCCAUUUGAUCUCAGCAAUGAUGACUCACAAGAGAUGCAGACUUACAAACCACUGAAGAGAAAACUAAACUGUACACCAUUGAGUGAUGAGGUGAAAAAUGCUGAAAACAAGGUUUCCAUGACUCAGGACAGCACGGAUACUGGUAAUUGUGUCAGUGCCACUCCCUUUGAAUGUUCAAGUGAUGAUAACGGACUGAGCUGCCAAGAUAACAAACGAGCGAAAACUUCUCUACGAGUCACAUACGUGCACAGUGAGGAGCUCAAAUGUAAGACCAAUGAGCUCAUUAGAAUUGAAAAAAGGGCGGAACUAGUGCACAGCCUUAUCCGAGUUUACGGCCUUCUUCAGUAUGUUGAAUUGCUGGAACCAAGACAUGCAGAGGAGUCAGAGAUUUUGGGAUUCCACUGCUCUGACUACAUAAACUGUCUUCGGGGCAUUGGCUCUUGCAGCGACUCCGAGGAAAUCUCUGAUAAACUAAGUUCGGAGGCUGAAGGAUAUGGAUUAUCAUAUGACUGCCCACAACAGACAGGAGUGUUUGAGACAGCGAGUCUGAUCAGUGGAGCAACAAUCACGGCAGCAGAGUCCCUUCUCAAUGGGUCUGCCGAUAUUGCCAUCAACUGGUAUGGGGGAUGGCACCAUGCGAAAAGAGACAGUGCCUCAGGCUUCUGCUACAUCAAUGACAUUGUGCUGGGAAUUCUCAAACUGAGAGAGAAAUAUGACCGUGUUCUUUACGUAGAUCUGGAUCUUCAUCAUGGAGAUGGUGUGGAGGAAGCUUUUGAAAUGACGUCUAAAGUGAUGACUGUGUCGUUUCAUAAGUUCUCAACUGGAUUUUUCCCUGGGUCUGGAUCUCUUGAGAGUGUUGGAACAGGAAGAGGAAAGUUUUACACUGUCAAUGUUCCUCUGAAGGAUGGAAUCAAAGAUGCUGAGUUUUACGGUGUGUUUUGCAGGGUGAUGAAAACAGUGCAAGAAAAGUUUCCAGGGCAAGCUGUGGUGGUUCAGUGUGGUGCCGACAGUCUGUCUGAUGAUCCCAUGGCUUCAUUUAACCUCACACAUGUCGGUCUGGCCAAGUGUGUCUGCUUCCUUCUCUCUUGGAAUCUUCCCACUCUCUUGCUUGGUGGAGGUGGAUACAAUUUCCCCAACACAGCCAAGUGCUGGACUUUCCUGACAGCUCUGGCUGCUAGGAGGAAGCUGCCGAUGGAUAUACCAGAACACGAACACUUACUAGAGUACGGCCCUGGGUACGACCUGAGCACCUCUGUGGGGAACAGAAAAGAUUGCAACUCUCAUGAGUACCUCAGCCAUGUUGUCACAACGGUUUGCAGUACGUAGAACCAUUUCGGAGAAAUCUGGACAAUGUAUGAGGAAGACUACUAGCGAUCUGGGGUACAGACCACUGACAGGUUGGAUUGUACAACUUCGACAUCACCACGGGAAAAGAGAAAGGACAUAUGGAACUGACCACCAUUUUGCUGUGUUCUGCGUUUUUCUAUAUUUGUCGCUCAUUGUUCUUAGUUGUUGAAUUCAAAUGAACUCCUUAAUAAGUGCCUGCAAUACACAUUGCUUAAUGAAUCCUUGACAUUAAGUGUGUUUGUGUGUGCGCGCGCGUGUGUAUGUGUGUAGAGAGAGAGGUGAGUGCUGUCAUUCAUUGCCUUGAAGUUUCGUAUUUUGACUCUUUUGAAAAUAUUCCUGUUAUGGGAAUCUUGCGAGUUAGGAUAAACUGUUUGUUUUUUUACAACAACCUAAGCUAUGUCCCAACAAGGGUACAUGCUAGGAGAUUUUAUCUUUCUUUUAAAAUGAUCAGGUCUUCAUAUCUAUAUAAUAUAUAGGAAAA